AGUAUUAAUUCUGUGCUGUCAGCUGUUUUAAAGUCACCUGUCAAUAAUAUAAACAUAACCAAUUGAUAACGUUAUCUAAAAAGUAAUUAAAAAUAUUAUGUAAAAUAUGAUAUUGAUAUGAAAAACCUGACCUUUAUGGACUUGGUUAUUAUGUUGAAUAUCACGCAGUGAUACUUUUGCUGAGAAAGGAUGCAGAAGCACCAAGUUUCGAACACAGCAUGACCUUUGAUUCAAGUAAUUUAAAUUGAAUCUAUUAAUUUUUUUUCGGUAAACGUAAGAAAUAUUCAUUCAGUAUAAUAAUGUCUAAAAUACCUCAAAAAACGAUUUUUAACUAUGAAACUCUGGUGCAUGCAACUGCAGGAGCCGCUGCAAGUAUUUUUGCAAUGAGUAGUGUAUACCCUUUGGAUAUGAUAAAAUUUCGUAAACAACUUGAAGAUAAAGAAUUAUCAGAAAAGUCUACUUUUCGGGGUAUACUACACCUCUUAAAGAUGGAAGGAGUAGAAUCUUUAUAUCAAGGAAUCAGUCCGGUCGUGAUAACAUUAGGAGUCUCAACAUUUGUGUAUUUCUAUACGUUUCAUGGAUUUAAAUCUCGUAUACCCAAAGAAUUCAUAAAUUCUAAAACGGAUUUAUUUCUGAGUAUUUUUGCUGGCGUUGUAAAUGUUCUGACGACGAAUCCUCUUUGGGUUGUUAAUAAUAGACUGAAAAAACGUGACAAAGAUAUCAAAUUCACUGGUCUCCUCGACGGAUUAUAUCACAUAGCAACGACAGAAGGUAUUUCUACGCUAUGGAAUGGUGUUGCUCCUUCUUUAAUGCUGGUAUCGAAUCCUGCCAUUCAUUUUACAAUAUACGAAGCUUUAAAAAGGAAAGUUAAAGUUCAAAACGCCACCGCUUUUUUCCUCCUCGGUGCCUUAUCAAAAACUAUAGCAACAAUCAUCACUUACCCUCUUCAAGUGGCUCAAACUAGACAACGAUUGAUAAAAGGACCAAGAAUGAGUACGGCUGCACUACUUUAUAUGUUAGUCAAAGAAGGUGGUUUCGGUGCCUUAUUCAAAGGACUCGAAUCGAAAAUGUGGCAAACAGUAUUUGCUACUGCUUUGAUGUUUACCACUUAUGAAAAAAUCACCCAGUUAGUAUUUAAAUUGUUAUUGGGAACUGCCAGAAGAGAACAUCAAAUGGUAGCUUGAAUUUUUUAUAAAAAUAAUUUUUUUCUCUUCAAAUCACAACCGGAAAUAAUAGUUUUUGAAAAUAUUCCAUAGUGGACAAGUUCAUAUUUCAAAAUAUUAUUCAAAGUCAAUUCCGUUAUAUUUAAAUAUUUUUUAAAAUGAAAAAUGUUAUGUUCGAUAUCGAUAACCACUACACUGAUAUUGAUAUCGAAUCUCGUUUCGAUAAACAAGUUAUCCUUUUCAGUGACUGAAACUUAAUAACUUCAGUCUCUGAAGAGGAUAACUUCUUAAAUGAAACGUAGAAAAUGUGUGUGUUAGUGUAGUAGUAUCAGAUAUUGUGUUCAUUAUGAUUUCAAAUCAAUUUUUUUUCUAUAAUCACAGAUUUGAUUAUACUGUUUUAGGAAUUUAUAGACCUAAAAGUGCCAAAUGUCAAGUAUUUUAUUAAAAACUGUUUUUAGAAAUUCUUAUUAGCGUGUGCUGACAAAAAAAUAUCCCAACCGUUCAUUCCAUCUCAACAAUUACUUGUAAACAUUUUAUUUGAUAAAUUAUUAAAUUUUCAGCUUCUUUAGACAACUAACUGACUCAAUAAGGUGGUAAAUAUCUUUUUGUGUUAUUUCAUUCCAACUUCUGCAAUCACUUGUGUCCAAAACAUGCUCAAUUGGAAAUAGAUCAGGCGAUCUUGUUGGCGAACAUAAACGGUCGAUGUGGUGUUAGUCAAUAAAAGCUAUAGAAUCUCCGUUAACUUGUAAUCUAAUGAAAAUCGAGGAUGGAUGAUUCCACUACUUACGUUACCUUGCACCAAGAUGACACCAUAAAAACAAACAUACAUAAUAUACAAAGUGUUACUGGAUUAAAUUCAUCUAAAAUACCAAAAAUGUCUCCCGAGUAUUGCAAUUUAUUAAUUAUGAAUUUUUUACCAAUCGAUCAAUAUAGUGUAUAAAGACUGGGCAUGGUAUUCUGAAACCAAUACCACAAAUUUGUAAUACAAUAUGCAUAUCAAUACCAUCGAAUGGGUAUUAGAACAUGAAAUAGGUUAGGUUAAGGAAUCAUGUAUACACAUUGUAAUAUCACAAAAUGUAGAACGUAAGUUUCAGUUUCAUUCGGUCUUAGUUGGGUUAAUAUAUUAAAUAUUCAUUUUCGGGGUAACAACGUAUGGUUUAAUCAAUUAAAAUUGGAAACAACUUCGAACCCCUAGCUGCAUCAGAUCCGCCUCAAUGGCCAAGGAGCGGUCUUCCUCUCAAUCCUUAAACGCGUCCCCCGGUUGAACGCCACAAAAUCUGUCUCAGCUCAGUUUUCCUUCAGGACCUUAGCAAUUCACAAUCUGCUCACUUGUCGUCACCAUAGCCCAUGUCUUGCAUCUGACUAUGUGACUACAGGGCGGAUUAUUGUCUUGUAAAUUGUGAGUGCUCUCUGGUCUGCCCAAAAGCAUCUGUUCCAUGAAGAGUGGUUUUUAGUUACAUGAAAUGUUAUGAAUAUAAUAGAGAUUGUUUGCUAUGAAUAUUAAUUCAACCUUAUCAAAUAUACAAAGUAAACUACAUCAAAUAUUCCAAAACAGAAUUGUUGAACGUAUAGUAGAUGACAAAUUUGAAUAUUGUACACAACUUUUUGUUAAUGUAUUUUUAUACUAUUGAAUUAUUUAAUAAAUAUACUGUUACCUAAAUCUAUUUGUUUUAAUAAC